GCCCACAUCCCCAUUCCUCUGUGUGGCCGGGUUCUAGUGGGGGUCGGGUUCUCCACCAGAGGCCUUUAUGGUUCUGGUCAGCAGAUGUUUCUCCAGGGUGGGGGUCCCGCGGCCCCCGAAGGUCCUAUGGCGAAGGAGGAAGGCGGAGUCCCCCGAGAGAAUCUGCAGCAAGACCUUGUUGCUAGGCGACAGAGAGGGCGUGGGAAACAUUUUCUGUUUGGAUCUGAAAUGAAGUCAUGGAAUAUUCCUUCCUCUGAUUAAAUUAAUCUUUAUUUAUUAUUGAUGCUGGAAGUAGUCAGCUGGGGAGCUCCUGCAGGGCCCGGCGCCAAAGCUUGGACACCACAGAGACGCCGUCAGUGUCUCCGUAUUGUCCUGUGAUGGACAGCUGAUCCUCCACAUCCUGAGACACGAGCAGACGAUGGAUGGAGCCCUACGGGGUUAUUUUUUAAGGUUUUGCUGGCUCUAGUGGUCUUUAUUAGAAAGUAGUCCGACAGGAAAGAGAGUAAUGAGGGAGGGGGUAGACAUGCGGCAAAUGUCAGCAGGGCAGGAAUCGAACCUGCAACUAAGGCCUCCAUAUAUUGGUCGUGCUUUGCCCUUGUGCUACCACAGCACCCCCAAGCCACACAUGAACUAGCCUUGGUUCUGGUUCUGACCUAGUCUGUGGAGUGACAGUUGGCACCAGCAGCUUCAGGGAUUAGCUCAUCAGAUUAGAGUCGGUGUUAAUCUGCCGGACCAGAGAUGACCAGAACCCGUCCAUCUGAGCAGAACCCACAUGUUGGGUGGAUCUGCUGACCCACUGGUCCUCCAUGUUUCUUCUUCGUAUCACUUUGUACCGGUUCUACAACCUACCUCAGUCAGUCUGGAACUCACCCAACUGAUCCAGUUGGUCCUCUGUCUUUAAAAACCAGGCUGGUAGUUUGCUAGCGGGAGCUUCCAAGUUUUUUCGCAGACUGUGACAGUUGACCUUUGACCCAGAAGUCAUGUCAUCUGACUGACUCCGACAGAGCUGGAAGAGACCAGGUCGGACUUAAAGAAGUCAGAGUCCCUGAACCCGUCUCUGCUGUUUCUAUAAACAGAAAUAAUGUAACAGAAAGUUGAAGCUCCUCCACCGGCCCACCUGAUGCCUUGUUGAAUGUGUUGGCAGGAGAACCCGUACCUGUGCAGCGACGAGUGCGACGCAUCCAGCCCUGACCUGUCUCACCCUCCUCAGCUGAUGGGAGACAGGGAGAGGGGGGGGCUCAUCACCUAUUGGCAAACCAUCACCUGGUCCAGGUAUCCUGAGCCCCUACUGGCUAACAUCACUCUGUCAUGGAACAAGAGUCUGGAGGUGGUUGAUGACAUCAUCAUUACCUUUGAAUACGGGAGACCGACCAGCAUGGUGCUGGAGAAAUCCAUGGACAAAGGUGCAACAUGGCAGCCAUAUCAGUACUAUGCUGACGACUGCCUCGAGGCCUUCGGCAUGUCACCUAAACAAGUUUCCGACUUGGCGCCGACCAACCUAACCCGAGUCAUCUGCACUGAGAAGUACUCCGGCUGGGUUGGGGCCAAGGAGGAGAAGAACGUGGUGUUUGAGGUGCGUGCCCGAUUUGGUGUGUUCGCUGGGCCAAAGCUUAUCAACAUGGAUGCCCUUUACGUCCGGAUGGAGACAAUGAAAGGUCUCAGAGACUUCUUCACCUUUUCCAACCUCCGUCUGCGGCUCCUCCGCCCCGCUCUAGGAGGAACUUACGUCCAGAGAGACAACCUAUUAAAGUACUUCUAUGCCAUUUCCAACAUCGAUGUACCUGCCAGGUGCAAAUGCAACUUGCAUGCAUCUCGCUGCGUGCUGCUGGAUGCCACUCUGCAAUGUGAAUGCGAGCACAACACCAGUGGACAGGACUGCCAGCGCUGCAGGGGGGGCUUCAGGUCCCGCAGCUGGAGACCGGGAUCCUACAUGCCCCUGCCCAGAGGCGCCGCCAAUACCUGUACGACCCCCCCACACACACACCCAUACAUUGACCCACACCAGGUGACACACAACUCCAUCCCUACCUUUUGUUUUCCAGGUGAAGCAGCAGGAAGCGCGGUUGCAGCUUCUGAUGGACCAGAUGGAGAAUCGGACAUCACGACCUCUGCCCCUGACAGCAGCAGCAAGCCUGACCUGAACGCUGCUGUUUGGACAUCGCCCACUCUGACUGACGAUACUUUCGCUGGCAGCCCAACUCUUCCAGACAGAACCACUUCCAGCCCUUCUACCUCCACUGAGAGCAUUUUGUCCAUGUUUUACUAUUCACUGGGGACUUACACAACCACAGGAAGUGCUCUUACUCUACCAGGUGCAGCCAGAAAUUCGAUUGCCACUGACCCACAGAGUAUCACUGCUGCAGAGACAAGUACUGCCACUGAUAGUCCAAUUAUGACUGAUACCUCUGUAUUUGGUAGGACUAGCACUAUAUCCAUGACUGACAGGAGCAGUACUCCGUACUAUACCAGUACUACAAAUUCUGUCAUGGCCGUAGAUGUCAUCACCGCAUCUGACAGUAGUACUGUAGUUUUUACUGCUGUGAGUAGUACUCGUAGUGCUAGUAAUGCUGCUACAACAAGACCUCCAGCAGACAUUCGUUCACCCAUCGGUACUCCCCAGGGGAAAGUUACCAACAGUCCCAGUAGCACAAUUAGCAGCUACAGUGUAGCCAGUAAUAGCUUCACAAUCUCAGUCAACACCAGGAACUUGGAGAAGUCUAAGAGUAGCUCAGCGACACCACCCUUUGACUCCACCUUUUCUGGGACUGGUAAUACCGACUUGGUAACCAGUGUCCUUCCACCUUCUGUUGGUGUAGUGUCAUCAACUAGGGCCCAGAAUCCAGCAACCAUUCCAGAAAUCACUCCACCCAGUGAACAGCUGUCUUUGGGGGACGCUCUGUCAACUGGAACUACUCCAACCUCUCAGGAAGGAGACGCUCCACCUUCAGCCAGAGUUGACACUAUGUCUGUUUCUCCAGAUAUUCUAGUCAAUCCAUUGCCCCCUCCAGAUCUCCCAUUAGAUGUAGCAACUCUUCCUGAAGAAGCAAAACCCAUUUUAAAAGCCCAGAAUAUGCUUCGUCCUAUGGGACCUCCUGAAGAUGUUCGCCUUUAUGUACCUUCAGUUUUACCACCUUCAGACGUUCCACCAGGCAGCCUGUUAUCUAAAGCUCAAGAAACUGCAACUGAUUUACCAUCUUCUGAGUUACUUCUGCCAAAGGAAACUCCUCCUCUAGGAUCUACUUUAAAAACACCUCCAGAAACAUUAUCCUCUAGAGAUUCUGACAGUUCGAUGGCUGUAUCUUCUCCUGAUUCAGUUUCAGAUAUACCUUUUCCUGAUUUCCCUUCUCGUAAUAAAUCUCCAGAAACACCUCCUCCAGAUGUUGGGUCCUCUAGGACUCCUGCCGCUUUGACAGAUGCAUCCCUUCCCCCACUAACUCCAUCCAUAGUUUCCCUUUCAGCUCCUGGGGCUGAUGUAGAGCCAUCAGCUCCCUCUGGGGGAGAAUUGGAAUUAAAUCCAGGUUUUGAAACCUCUGAUCAAUCUAAAUCCAGUGCUAAUCUAGAUGUGGACGAAUCACUACAAAAUCCAAUGUCUAGUUCAGAACAAGCAUCCGUUGUUGAUCCUGCAACCCAACAAGAAGAAAAGUCUUCUGGGGUGGAAGCAGCUCAGCCAUCCGAAGAACCGGCAUCUGGGAAAAAGGAGUCUAAAGAGGAAAGGACAGAUGGAAGAGAGAUCAAAGGAGUCACCAUUUCCAAAGAGGAGGAGAAAGGCUUUGAGAAGAAAGCAAUCCAGAAGAUUCUGAUUCCAGGAGGACCAAAGUCCACUCAGCUGUCCAAAAUCAUUUACGUCAACUUCCAGGACUGCGAGUGUAACGGUCACUCCAACCGCUGCAGCUACAUCGACUUCAUCAAUGUGGUGACGUGUGUGAGCUGCAAGCACAACACGCGAGGACAGAGCUGCCAGUACUGCCGCCUCGGUUACUAUAGAAACGCCUCGCUGCCACUAGAUGACGACAACAUCUGUGUGGAGUGCGACUGCGACCCAGACGGCAGCGCGUCUCCUCACUGCUCUGAUUCCGGUUUGUGUCGCUGUAAAGCUGGAGCCACCGGGCGGCGCUGUGACUCCUGCGUGUCUGGGUUCACCUGGCGAGGAGGCAGAGCCGGAUGCACAGAGAACCUCUGCGACUCGGAACGGCUGCUCUGUCAGAACGGCGGCACCUGCGUGGACUUUCUGCGCUGCACUUGUCCAGGCAACUCCACAGGUCAGUUUUGCGAGCAGAGCGUCUGCACGAAGAAGAGCGGCUGCACUACGAACUCAAAGGGCUCCUCCCCCUCAGUGACAUCACAGCUUCACCUGGUGACCUUCAUUCUAAUCAGCUACACCAUCAGCUGACCAGGACCCGUUACAGACCACACCCACUAUGACAUCACAGGUGGAAUAAAGAUAAUUGGUUCUGAUUAAAAGCUUACGAUCUAUUUUUUUUUUUUUUUUUUUUUGCAGUAUGACAGGAAGUGGCAUCACGCUUUUAUUCUCAGACUGUUGCACCUGUCAGGUGACUCUUUAGUGUUGAAUAACAAAGAAAACAUGGAAAACCCAAGACUGAAUACAU